GAAAACUUUGUUUUCUACAAAAAUCUUACGUUUUUAGCUUAGGUGAGCCUGCAUUGUCAUUAAAGAUCUGUUCCUAAAGAAGCAUUUAUGGUGUAUUUGCGUAUACACUACCAACAAGAAGAUGUAACUUUCCUGGCGGGCACUAGAAAGUGCGCGUGGGCACUAGAGGGCGCGCGUGGGCUCACUGAGUGUCCGUCUUUGAUGUCGGCGCCGAACUCAGACCUGCGCGUUCGAGGAGCCACACAACUUCAGGAGAACUUGUUUCAGGAAAAUAUUCUAAUAAUAAUAAUAGAAACCUACGCGUCACUGCAUUAUUCUAGCGACGUGGACGCGUACAGGCGAAGAAUUUAGCGCAGCAUGGACGAUUUGGACGCGUUAUUGGCGGACCUGGAGUCAUCCACCGCUCACAUCUCAAAGUGUCCAGUGUUUCUCUCAGAUGAGACACCUUACUCUUUUCCCAAUAGUGAAGCUCUGUUCCAGGAUGACCCCUCUCCUCCUCCUGUGCCCCCUCUUCCAUCUUCAGAGGCUUUGAACGGGUCUCUCCAAAAACAGGCUGACUCUCAUCACUCCUCACAACAGUCUCUUGGUUCAGCACAAAAAAGUACAUUGUCUCUAGAAAGCAGCAGUCCCCCACUACCUCAUACAGAAGAGGACCACGUAUACAGUUUCCCUAACAAGCAAAAGACACCAUCAGACUCCUCAGCAGCAGCCAUGAGCUCUGCACUUGGCAGCAACUUGUCAGAGCUGGACCGCCUGCUACUGGAACUCAAUGCUGUUCAGCAGAUCACACCAUCCUACACCAGCACAGAAGAAGCAGCUCCCCCACUUCCUCCCUCCAGUUCUGCACACUACAUCCAGGAAAAUGGAGCCUACUCAGGCAUUAGCCCUGCUCCCAAGGACAAACCUCAGAGAAAUGGAGCAAAAGGGCCGGAGGAAGGACGUCCCACUGUAGAGAGCCUACUGAAUGAACUGGAGAGCUCUAUUCCUGUCCCAACGCCUACACCCACUGGACUUCAAACUGAGGGACACUCUGAUCAACCUGGUCGAAUGUCAGCCACUUCAGCCACACGAGAACUGGAUGAGCUCAUGGCCUGUUUAUCUGAUUUCAAGGUGCAGAGCAAUAUCAUGGCUCAGGGAAAGGGUCCAAACACACAGGUGAAUAAACUAGAUAACAUGCUCGGAAGCCUGCAGUCUGACUUACAUAAGCUGGGUGUAAAAACUGUGGCCAAAGGAGUGUGUGGGGCUUGCUGCAAACCUAUUGUUGGGCAGGUAGUAACUGCCAUGGGCCGCACAUGGCAUCCGGAGCAUUUUGUUUGCUCUCACUGCCAGGAGGAGAUCGGUUCUAGGAACUUCUUUGAGCGUGAUGGACAGCCAUACUGUGAGAAGGACUACCAUCACCUUUUCUCUCCUCGGUGCUACUACUGCAAUGGUCCCAUUCUUGAUAAAGUAGUGACUGCUCUGGAUAGGACAUGGCACCCUGAACACUUUUUCUGUGCUCAGUGUGGAGCUUUCUUUGGCCCUGAGGGCUUUCAUGAGAAAGACGGGAAGGCAUACUGCCGUAAAGAUUACUUCGACCUGUUUGCUCCCAAGUGUGGUGGCUGUGCCCGUGCAAUCCUUGAAAAUUAUAUAUCUGCCCUGAACAGCCUCUGGCACCCUGAAUGCUUUGUUUGUAGGGAGUGUUUUACCCCUUUUGUAAAUGGCAGUUUCUUUGAGCAUGAUGGCCAGCCAUACUGUGAGGUUCACUACCAUGAACGACGUGGCUCUCUCUGCUCUGGCUGCCAGAAGCCCAUAACAGGCCGGUGCAUCACUGCUAUGGGCAAGAAGUUCCACCCUGAGCAUUUUGUCUGUGCCUUCUGCCUCAAGCAGCUCAACAAGGGCACCUUCAAGGAGCAGAAUGACAAGCCAUACUGCCAUGGUUGCUUCGUCAAACUCUUCAGUUAGACUGGGUCAACAUGGUGUGUGCUUGCUUGCCUGAGUGUGGGGAAUAUGCAGCAAAAUCUGAUUUGUAUCAGCCUUAUGUGAUGAUGGAGAAAAGAGUUCAGGUUUAAAAAAAUAAGAAGGUUUGAUUUUGUUUUUUGGUAUUUGUGUGCAAAUAUCUGCUCACUGGUUGAGUGUGAAAGAAUCUGUUAUAGGAAUUGGGCUUUGGAUCAGUUGACCUGUGAAAUUUUCACCAUAAAAAUGCUUUGUGGAGCGAAAUAGAAAAUGCCACAACAGGCAGAAUGUGAUCACUAUUAGUAAUAAUUGGAUGUGAGCUCAACUGUUUUUGAUGUAUUUAGCAUUUGCAAGAAACAAUUUAUAUUACUGUGCCUUGUUUUCUAUGAGAAAUUAAGAUAUAUGAAUUAUACCAAAAAUAAUAGUAUAGUACCUGAUAUGUACAUUUCUAUGGAGACUGAGGUUUUGGUGUGCCAAAAAUUACCAGCAUAUUACAAACCAGCCAAGAAUCACCUACAUAUAGUGAACAGUCGUAGUGUGAUGGUGUGGUAAUGAGUAUUGUGCCAUUCGAGUAAACUCUAAAUAUUCUGUACAUAUUGAAUUAUCCUACUUUUUUUCCCCAAAGAGACACCAAGGCUUUUGAUCUUUGUAUUCAGGGGGGCAUAUGCAUUAUUUAACUCUUUACCCUUACAGUCACAUUAAAAUCACUUAAAUACGACAUCUCAUACACUUAUGUAUUUAGGUAACUGGGCCUUAUUUUCUAUGUUCUUACAAACUUAGUAACCACUUAUUUCCUUUGAUUACUUUGGGCAACUUUAACUGAAUAGCUGUGACAAUGUUGUGCAAUUUCUUUUCCUUUAACACAGUAUAUGAAUGGUUUAGGGGUAAUUGUGUUUCUCUGUCUCGGACACACCUGGGCAAUGUUAACUGCUGUAUUAUUUUCUGAAAAUCUAAUGUAUUUUUCUCCUCUUCUCUCUUUUUCUUUUUUGCCUGAAAGUCUUAAGUGUCACUUAAGUGAGUGACAUUUCUAAGAAUUUGUAUUUGAAAGAUGAAUUAUUAGAAAUGUAACACCGGUUUUAAAAGUGGGUAUUUCUAUAUAUUUUCAGUAUAGUCUUGAGUGCUUGCCAAAUAAUCUUGUGCUUGUGUAUUGUAAUGGUAACAAUGCAUGUAAGGAAUUAUAAGUAGCUAAUAAUCGUUUAUCCGUAUGCAUUAUCCUCGGACAAUACAUAUUUUUCAUCACUGGUGUAAGAAUGCAGUUCAAACGUAUGGCCUUCUUUUAUAUGUAAUGUUUAUGAAAUUACCUUUAAUGGGGAGAUGCUGUGAAAAAGAUCUUUCCUAUUUCAUUUUGUUCCUAUUGUUCUUGUCAUUCUGAGAGCUAGGUGCCAAGAGGACUCAAUAAUCCAUAUGCCUCAGAGCCUAUUUAUGACACUGGUUUUAAAAGUUUCCCUUUGUUUUAGCAUGUGAUUCUUCUGAUAUAACAGGAGCUUUUUUCUUCUCUUGUUUAUACUGUUACAGUCUAUUUCAGUGCCUUCAAUUACUGUGUCUAUUUACCCAAUGUGAAUCUGCAGGUAAAUAUUAUUUUUCAUAACUUUCAAUUUGUUCUAAGUCAUAGUAACUGGCUGAAUUCAUAUCGUUAUCAAUAAAAUGCUUUGAUGUUUUCAUGCA